UCUGGGAUACAGAUGAACAUUUCAUUUAUCAAACCUUCUACAGGUAUCUAUUGGAGCGCCGCCUGGCACACAGGGGAUUACUUGCCCUAAGAAGCAACGUCUGGACCGCCGUGACCGCCAUGUUUAUGCUUAAAAUGGGCUCCCCAGAUUCAACGCUAAUAGCCACCGAGGCGCAAUUGAGCGGCGAGGUGCGCGUCAUUGUCACUGUGCCUGAGGAUCGUGUUUCCAUCAACAUCCAUCCAAAUUUAUAAUGAGAGAUCACUCACUGCUUUGAAAAAGUGGUCCAAGAUAUCCUUGCAUAAUUCUCUUCACUAUCACUGUUCAUCUUCCUAUUACUGACACAUUACCGUCGACAUAUCUCCAGGACACCCUUGUUUGCUAUAUCUCUUCCAUCAUCCUGAUCAUCAUUAGUCCAGCCUCGACUUGUAAUUCACCACUGGAACAAGAUGCGCAUAUCAAUAUCCAUCGUCGCCUCUGAUGUUGACUUACAGUCCGAUUUCCUCAGUCUCGACGUGAGCCCGGACAUGAGCCUCAACGACAUCAAAGCCUUCAUCGAAGCCGAGAUCAACGUUCCUCCCUCCGCGCAGCAUUUUCUUAAAGAUGGGCGACCGGUCACGGACACCUCUAUAAGUCUGACGCAAAUGAACGUUCAAGCGGGGGACGUGGUGGCGAUGGCCGUCCAGACAAGACAAAGAAGACGGCCUGCUCCAGAAAACACCUCAGGUCAGCCUGCGCGGAGAGCUGGAAGCGGCAGCGACCCUGAACAGCUAAGACUGCGUCUCCUGGGCGACUCACACAUGAUGGCGGAGUGUCAAAGACAGGAUCCCGAAUUAGCAGCUGCGUGUUCCGACCGGCAAAAGUUUCAUGAUCUCUGGACUGCCAGGCAAAUACAAUAUGAGCAAUCGCAGCGAGACAAAGAAAAACAAAUUGCGUUGUUGGAAGCAGACCCGUUCAACGUGGAAGCACAGCAGAAGAUUGAAGAAAUGAUACGGCAAGAGCGCGUUGCAGAAAACCUCCAGAAGGCCAUGGAGGAAAACCCAGAAUCAUUCGGCAGAGUCACCAUGCUCUACAUCGAUGUCACGGUGAAUAGCACACCUAUCAAAGCCUUCGUCGACUCUGGCGCCCAAACAACGAUCAUGUCUCCAGCCGCUGCCGAACGAUGUGGAAUACUGCGGCUAAUUGACAAGCGAUAUGGUGGAAUAGCAAGGGGUGUCGGCACUGCGACAAUUCUUGGGCGGGUGCAUUCAGCCGAUAUUCAAAUUGGACAAUACAAUUUGGCCAGCAGUUUCACGGUCAUGGAGGGCAAGGACGUGGAUCUGCUACUGGGUCUCGACAUGCUCAAGCGGCACCAAAUGUGCAUUGACCUUCAAAAGAAUUGUCUACGGGUCCAAAAGGACGAGAUCCCAUUCUUACCUGAGAGCGAAAUUCCCAAGAUGAUGGAGGAAAUCCUUGAGCAUGAACCAAAGGUUGAAGGACCCGACGGUACCACCAUAGGUGCAACAACCGGUACAGUCGAGCCAGCUGCAGGACCAUCGGCCAGCAGUAGUUCGAACGCAGGUCCAAGUGCUACAUCGGCGCAGGUGUCCUCGCCACAACCGGCGGCAGCUUCAAGCAAUUUUGGCCAGUCACAGCCCAUAACGCAAGAGUCCAUUGCAAAGAUUAUCGAACUGGGCUUCACACGAGAGGAGGCGAUUGCAGCUCUGAGACAGGUCGAUGGCAAUGUGGAGUUGGCAAUCGGGCUGCUGAUAUGAGAAACGCUUUGGUUGAUCAUCAGGGAUAAGGGAAAGCAUUUGCAGCGUUGAAGAAGCUUCAGUCAGCCCUUCAAUAUACCAAGUUUUGCAUGCGCGAGCAUGUGACAUAUGCUAGAUAGAAUGCGUUGCAUAUGUUAGCAGGAUGAUGAUGUGCAUUUAAAAUGACCAUCAUAAUUCCCAUUCCCAUCACUCGUUGGCCUUAGGGAGUUUAGAGCGGUUCGCUUAAGGAGAACAAAUGCAACGUACUUUUGGU